AUGGAUCCGGACGCAAGCAUCCCCACAGAGCCCGCGCCCUCCGUCUUCAACUACGUCCUCUCCUUCCUCCUGGUCGGCGUAGCAUGGGGCUUCACAACCCCUUUUAUCCGGCGCGCCGCCGCAGACUUUAAUGCGCGACAGGAGAAGCAAGCGCGGGGCACACACACAGACACAGACACACGCGGCAGAUCACGAUCACAGGGCCAGGAGGGAGGCGGGGCAGAGGAGCAAGAGCUGCUUGUGCCGGCGGGACAUGCACAGAACCAGGAUGACGAGGACGAGGGCGAGGGCGUGCGGAGGCGGAGCGGGAGUCAGCACCGGGCUGAGGAGGGCGGUGAUGAGGGUGCGGCGGCGCAGCUGAAUUCUGAGCUGGAGGGGGGUGUGGGGGUGGAUGAUGGGCCGGUGCCUAAGUGGAGGCGCCAGGGUUCGUCGGGAUCGUGGGUGAAGAGGAAGGUUGUUUCUAUUUUCUGGACUGUUGUGAACCUGUUGCGGACGCCGGCUUAUUCUGUUCCGUUGGUUAUCAAUUUGACGGGGAGUAUUUGGUUUUUCCUUUUGGUUGGAAAGCAUGAAUUGUCUUUGACUGUGCCGCUAGCCAACUCGAGUGCGUUCUUGUUUACUGUUCUGGGAGAAUGGUAUGUGGAGCGCAAGGUGAUUGCGAAGCAGACGUGGCUUGGGCUGGUUUUGGUUUUGGGUGGGAUUGCAUUAUGUGUGCAUUCGAAGAACCAGACUGUUUAG